CCAGGCGACACUAUGCACAUUUAGAUAAUUGAUCCACAACCGUUUGGUUGCAACGACGGUGCGACAGAUAAGAAUUCCAAGUGAAAUGCAGCACGUCGAAGUCUUCCAUCUCUGGACCGAGUCCGACCGCCCGUCCUCGUCCACCUCGUCCUCCACCACCAACACUCCGCCACUGCGGACGCCGUCACCACCACGACAGAGAUCCAGCGAGCGAAGAAGCAGCCGCGUCGACAGCAGCAACACCCUCUCGUCCGCCCGCCCGCUCCCCUCGUCACUAAAUUAUUACUACCCGCAGACACCAUCGCCCAUGCUGAGUCCGACAUGACCCGGCGGGAGCCCAUCAAGGGCGGGCCCGCCGCCACCGCCCAGGGCCUGCACGACCGCCAGCAGAACUUCUUGCAGGUCGCCGGCGGCGUCGCCCGCAAGCCGAGCUUCGAGGUGACCAAGGAGGAUGCCAAGAAGAUCCAGCACUUCGAGUCUAUUCAUGUAAUGAACAAUCGGGAAAAAGAAUAGUCUCGAGCCCUCGGACACCCGCCUGGGAAGAACUCGCUAUCUGCCGAGGUGCAAUCCAAUCUCUCGCGGAUCAUAAUUAAUGCCCAGGGCGGCACGACAACGAACGCUUGAAUCAGGAGCGGAAGCGGCAUGCUUUUCCUGGCAUUUGUGCCAUCAAACAUAGUACGGAUUAUUAGGAGCGAGCAUAAAUACCUAUAUGCCUAUUUUUUACUCUCAAAGUUGGAGCCAUUAAUUACAUCUUUCCCUACGAGCAUGUAGUACUGUG